AUGGAGCUCCCAAGGAGCUCUGCACAGUCCGUGAGGGACUUGAAGAGGCUGCUGGGAAGAGAACUGCACUGGCCACACUUCAAACUCAGGCUGAUGCUAGGAGAAGAUGAGUUGAAUGAUGAGGCACUCCGUAGCCUCUUCAGCACCACGGACGUGACCGCUGUUUACUGCGAGUUCGCAGGCCUUGUACACGACUACGACGCUGCCCUGCUUGCGGCCAUUGCUUCACAAGAUGUGAUUGCUGCCGAGGAUCUUCUUGGCAAGGCCCAGGAUCCGGAUUGCUUCUUCUCCCAGUUUUCCGACUCAGACUUCUCGGGCUUCACAGCCCUAACUGCCGCCAGCUACCUUGGCAACUCGCAUCUCGUGGCGUUGCUCCAUGAGGCCAAAGCUUCCCUCGACUCCCUGGACAUGCGGGGCUUCUCGCCGCUGCAAAUUGCCAUCCAUCAAGAGCACAUGGCCCUGGUGCAGCUGCUCAUCCAGUCUCGCGCAAACGUGAACCGGAACGGUACCAGGGGCACUGCUCUUCAGGAGGCCGCCAUUAAAGGCCUCGUGGCAGCUGCGCAGCUGCUGCUGGAGGCAGGAGCGGACAAGGACACGCGAGACUCGGAAGGCCGCAGCCCUUUGCUGGAAGCGGCUUCACGUGGUCAUGGGGAGGUGGUGAGGAUCCUUCUCGAAGCGCGGGCAAACGUGGACCAGGAGAACUGCUGGGGCAACCGCUCUGUCCUUGCAGCUGCAGCUUCCGGGCAUCUGGGCAUCCUGCACUCUCUCAUCGCUGCCCAGGCUUCCCUCAACGAAGCAGACAUUUCUGGUCGAACGCCCUUGACCGCCGCCAUCGCCGCAAAUCGCGUUGAUGCCCUGCAGCUGCUUAUCCAUGCGAGGGCCAAUGUAGACGACAUGUACUAUGGCUGGGCAGAUAUACCUCUUCAUGCUGCAGCCUCCGCCGGCCAGUUGGAAGUGGUGCGCCUGCUCCUGCGCGCGCAGGCAAAUGUUAAUGCCUCUGGGAGCAGGGACCGCAUCCCUCUCAUCUCAGCUGCUGCCCGUGGCUUUCCUGAUGUGGCACGUCUUCUGUUGGAGGUGCAUAUGGGGAGCGCUUGGGGCCCUGUCCCUAGUCCCUAA